AAAAAGGGAGAGGAAAAUGGUCAAUAAUUGUAAUUGGGAAUUUAUUAAUAUCUUAAUGAAAGAUUAGAAUAGGAGAUUAGGAAGUUUGAAAGUAGUCUAUUAAGCUGUCGUGUUCUCUCACUCGAUUCUUCUGCGAGAUGAUGAGACUUGCAGUGAGAGCUAGGGUUUCCAUUGCUACUCUGCAGAAGGCUUGGUCUCCUUGCUUGGUCUGCUUCAAUUUAGAGCGGGAAAAGUAAACUUGACUUCCUCAGACGGGCCUUUCAAAGUUGAAGAAACAUGAAUUCUCCAUCCACCCAGUUUGUCACCUCAAGAAGGAUGGGGGCCUAUGAGCCUAUCCACCAGAUUAGCAUGUGGGAGGAAAGCUUUAAGAGUAAUGGUAAUUUUAAUGCCUCAGCAUCCAUGAUAGUUGAUGCAGACACCAAACUAGAUAAUCAGUCAGAGGAUGCUUCUCAUGGAAUCCUGGGACCUUCUAGCAAGUAUGACCAAGAAGCAACUAAACCUACAGACAAGGUGCAAAGACGUCUUGCACAAAAUCGGGAGGCUGCUCGUAAAAGCCGGAUGCGAAAGAAGGCCUAUGUUCAGCAGUUAGAAACAAGUCGUUUGAAGCUUAUUCAAUUAGAGCAAGAGCUUGACCGAGCAAGACAACAGCAGGGUAUUUAUAUUGGCAAUGGACUGGAUGCUAGUCCUCUAGGAUUCUCGGGCACUAUAAACUCAGGUGUAACAACAUUUGAGAUGGAGUAUGGACAUUGGGUGGAAGAACAAAAUAGGCAAAUUAAUGAACUGAGAACUGCUUUGCAUGCUCAUAUAAGUGAUAUAGAGCUUCGAUUCCUUGUGGAUAGUGGCAUGAGUCACUAUUUUGAACUUUUCAGCAUGAAAUUAACUGCCGCAAAAGCUGACGUAUUCUAUGUGAUGUCUGGGAUGUGGAAAACAUCAGCUGAACGGUUUUUCUCAUGGAUUGGAGGGUUUCGCCCUUCAGAGAUUCUUAAGGUUCUUCAGCCUCACCUUGACCCCUUGACAGACCAACAAGUUUUGGAUGUUUACAAUCUUAGGCAAUCAUGUCAACAAGCAGAAGAUGCUCUUUCGCAAGGUAUGGAUAAACUCCAGCUCACUCUGGCUGACACUGUGGCAGCUGGUCAACUGGGUGAAGGUAGUUAUGUGCCACAGAUGGCUAAUGCCAUGCAGAAAUUGGAAGAGCUCGUGAGCUUUGUGCAACAGGCUGAUAAUCUUCGGCGGGGGACCUUACAGCAGAUGUCAUGCAUCCUAACAAUCCGCCAGGCAGCUCGCGGCCUUCUUGCCUUGGGGGAGUACUUCCAACGCCUUCGAGCUUUGAGCUCGCUUUGGGCUACUCGUCCUCGUGAGCCUGCCUAAUCUUAACACAAGGAGCAUACAAUGCCAAGCUCAAUAUUCAACAAGAUAAUCACCAGCAGAAAAGAAUCAUGCAUCUACAACCACAGCUCCCUUUGGUAAUGUUGUUCCAUGCAUAUAUGUAGACAUAUUGAAGCUGCUGACAUUUUUCAAGCAGCAGCCCAUGUUUUGAGAAGCUGUAAAUAUGGGUAACCAUUUUGUCUGCAGGAAGUUUGUAAAUAAAUUAUUCUGAAUGUUUUUGUAUAUUAUUUUGUCUUAGAAAAUAUUUCUUUAGCGCUUACAUUUUGAGUCUACCGACGGAACUGUAUCAUGUAAAUGUUUGUUUGAGGGUUUCUGUAUUUCAAAUGGGUCAGGUACAUUUGUAGUGAGGGUAUCAUUGUGCUUUGAAGAUGGACAGUCUUGUUCUGGAAAAGUUAACAUAAGACAUUUUGGUA